CAAAAAAUGUGUAGGUGCGCGCGCAGCUGCUUUGUCUCUGUGUCGUUGUAUGGUGGGGAGUUGGCCGGACCACGAGGGGCCACAGGGGUCCGUGAGCGGACCAUGGCGGACCAAAGGCGACUGCAUCCUUUCAGUCGGCCGCUGAACCCGCGCGCCGUGCGGUUGUUCGUGUGUGUAUUGCACUUGACUUCGAUUUAUCGUGUAAUAUUCUUUUUUUAUUCUCUACCGCAGGACUACGCGUGUGAGGUUUUUCUAUUUGCCGGUUAUCCAUCCAUAUCUAAGGUAACCAGACAAAGAGAAACGACAAAACUUCAUUUCAAAGACCUUUCCUGAUAAACAGGAUCACGGACACACGCUUACGGAUUUUUUGGUGUACAUCUCUAGAUUGUUUUCGUGCGCGGGCGUAACGCCGACGUGAAGUUCUUCUGCAUGAUUUCGUACGAACCGUCGUUGCACGGUACGAAAGGCACCGAGAGCGACGAGGAUGAUGUAGCCGUCCGGCGGCUGCCGAUUCACGAGAAUAGCAUCGAGAGGAUGUACACGAACGAACAACGUACACGAACAAACGAGAAGUUGUUUGUUGCACCUCGAGGCGAUUCGAUUCGUAGCGCGUUAGAGAAUAAAAAAAUCGAGACCAAAAGGAUUAUCACUGCCAGAGUAAUAACGACGCUCGAUUAAAGAAAAAUCGUUCCGUCCCCAGUUCCAUCCUGAGACUGACGAAAAAGAAAAAAAAAAGAAAGAAAAAAAAAGAGCAAAGAGAAGAAAGAAGGGAAAAAAGUAUCUCUCUCUCUCUGUCCAUCGUUGCUCGAGAUCAAAAAGACUGAAUAUCAAAGAGAGGCAAGAUGUUGGGAGUGAGUCAACCGGGAAAUCCACCCUCGAGCCUGCGACACUCGGCGAGUUUCUCCUGUUUACAACGCGGUACCGCGAGCGAGGGGCACAGGGCGAGGACCUCGACGCUUCUCCAACAGCCGAGCCUCCAGCUGAGCAACAGCCAGCACCAAUACACCCCCGGCCAGGCCGCGUCGUCCCUCCUCCAACAGUCGGCGGGGGCCGUUCAACAUCGCAUCGAGGCGUUGGAAGCCGUACAAGACGCCGGCAACGAUUACGGUUUCGUGAAGUUACGCCCACGUCUGCGUAGCACGAACGCGACACUCCACUACGAGGAGGAAUUGGCCGCCCAGAAGAACGCUAUAUGGGAUAGGGACGCGUCGGCAUUCAGCGACCGCGAGUGCGACGCCAAUUACAGGGAUCCGUCCCUCAAGAUCAAGGAUAACAGGGAACACUCGCCCAAGGGUGCGACGAAUUCGAAGAAUCAGAACCCGCUCAGAGGCGCCCUCAUACUGUUCACCUCGACUUCGUCCUGGUGGAAGGCCAGGCAACGGGAGGAUCAGCUGAACGCCGCGGAUCAUCGCUCGUUCGCCUCGACUACAGGCGUGGCGUUGACCUCUUCCGAGCGAAAGUGGUCGAGCACCUCGAUGGCGUCCCCCUCGAACGAAAGAAAGUGGCCCUCGGUGGUCACCUCGCCCACCAACGAUCGGAAAUGGUCCGUGGGCAACAGCAGCAGCAGCAGCAGCAACAACAACAACAACAACAGCAGCAACAACAACGGUAAUAACUCUUUGACGUCGCCGGGUAACGAGAGGAAGUGGACCACCACCAGAUCGUCCGUCUCGUCGAACUCGGGGCAACAGGACAGGAAAUGGCGGUCCCUCGAGAAGGACGUGUGCCAGUGCAAAGUGUGCUGGACCAAUAUGCAGCAGCAAAGAUGUUUCGUAGAAGAGACGUUUCUGAUACUUUCAGACUUUUAUAAAUGUGAUGUUAUUCAAGUAUUAAAAGAUAAUAAAUAA